CUCUCCCUCUCCUCCCAUUCGAGCCCCUGAAUUUCAAUUAACGCUGGUAGACUAGUAUUUAUGCCAGAGAAUGAUGCGAGAGAGAGAGGCUGGGAUACAGAGAGGCCAGUUUUUCCCCCCCCGAGAAACUUCUCUUGCCAUAGAGAAUAUUGGUUUCUUCCAGUGUCAUCAAUAUUCAUCACUUUUGUAAGCGAUUUCCAACUGGUAAUCAGUGGCCGGCCAUCUAUAUAUCUUCCUCUUUCUCCUUCCCUGCCCACAAGGUAAAAACCUGCAGCCCCUCCUUCUUCUUCUUUUCAGUCAUCUAUUAUAUCAAAUACAUCGGCAAUCUUUGAUUCCUCUUUGAUCAUCAGACCUCUCUUUCUCCACCACCUUUGCUUACAUGAGUUACAGCAAGGGAGAAUAACUGUUAUUGCACUCACUAGAAACAUAACCUCGAAGAAGAAAAGAAAACAAGAAAAAUGCAUUCAGCAAAUCACUGGGGAGGGUCGCUGGAGAUUUACAAUGGAACAGAAUCAACAACCGACGAUGACAAGAGUCGCAACAUGGAGUGGGACAAGGCAGCCUUGCAACCCCAGCAUCACCAUCUAGACGAGACACAACAGAGCUGGUUAUUGUACCCUCAAGAGACCAAGAAAAAGAAGUACGUGGACUUGGGUUGCGUAGCCUGUAGCCAUAAAGCCUUGAAGUGGACUCUAUAUGCUUUUGUUUUUGCGCUUCUUGUUAUUGCACUCCCUACCAUCGUAGUCAAGACUUUGCCAAAGCACAACUCUCAGCCUCCUCCUCCUGACAAUUACACUCUUGCCCUCCGAAAGGCUCUUCUCUUCUUCAAUGCCCAAAAAUCUGGUAAAUUGCACAAGAACAACGGAAUUCCAUGGAGAGGAGAUUCAGGGCUACAGGAUGGAAAUGGUACUGAUUUUUCUAAAGCAGGUCUUGUUGGAGGAUACUAUGAUGCUGGAGACAACACCAAGUUUCAUUUUCCCAUGGCAUUUGCCAUGACUAUGUUGAGCUGGAGUGUCAUUGAAUACAGACAGAAGUAUGAGGCCAUUGGCGAGUACCAGCAUACCAGAGAUCUAAUCAGGUGGGGAACUGAUUACUUGCUAUUAACCUUCAACUCCAGUGCCAGCAAAAUUGACAAGAUUUACUGCCAGGUUGGUGGAUCUCGAAAUGGCUCGAGACUUCCAGAUGAUCAUUACUGCUGGCAAAGACCUGAAGAUAUGGACUAUCCGAGGCCUACCCAAGUUGUAAAUUCAGGCGCUGACCUUGCCGGAGAAAUGGCAGCAGCCUUGGCUGCAGCCUCAAUAGUAUUCCGGGACAAUGAGGCCUAUUCAAAAAAGCUUGUAAGAGGUGCAGAGACAGUAUAUGCCUUUGCCAGAGAUGGUGGAAGACGGAGAGCAUAUUCUUCUGGGAAUGAUUACAUUCAACCUUACUACAACUCCAGUGGCUAUUAUGAUGAGUACAUUUGGGGUGCUACUUGGCUGUACUAUGCCACAGGAAACAUUUCCUACAUUAGACUGGCAACUGAACCAGGCUUCUCUAGGCACUCCAAGGCACUUUUAAGUAUUUCUGACUUGAGUGUACUGAGUUGGGACAACAAGUUACCAGCAGCUAUGCUGCUGUUGACAAGGUACAGGAUAUUCUUGAAUCCAGGAUAUCCAUAUGAGGAGAUGUUGCACAGUUAUCAUAAGAAGACAGAACUUAACAUGUGUUCUUAUUUUCAGCAAUUCAAUGUAUUCAACUGGACUAAAGGAGGAAUGAUCCAACUGAACCAUGGAAGGCCACAACCUCUUCAGUAUGUGGCUAAUGCUGCCUUCUUAGCAUCACUCUAUGUCGAUUAUCUGAAUGCCACCAGAAUUCCAGGAUUCAAUUGUGGCCCCAGAUUUAUCUCACUGGACCUUCUUCGGAGUUUCGCCACGUCACAGAUCAACUACAUUCUAGGUGAUAACCCCAUGAAAAUGAGCUACGUGGUAGGGUACGGGACAAAGUUUCCCAGACAUAUUCAUCACCGUGGAGCAUCAACACCCAGUGACAACACAAGGUAUUCGUGCACAGGCGGAUGGAAGUGGCGUGACAGCUCCAAGCCCAAUCCUCACAACAUUACAGGAGCCAUGGUUGGAGGGCCUGAUAGGUUUGAUCGGUUCCGUGAUGUUCGCACUAAUUACAACUUUACCGAGCCAACUUUAGCUGGAAAUGCAGGACUAGUUGCUGCGCUUGCAUCCUUGACAAGCAGUGGUGGGAUUGGCAUCGAUAAGAAUUCAAUCUUUUCAGCAGUUCCACCGCUCUACCCUCCAAACCCUCCACCUCCUCCAGCUUGGAAGCCUUGAGCUGCUAAAAAAUUAAUCGCCAACAGCUUGAGCUUUUGUUUAUACAUCAUAGAAUUCUUGAGAUUUUCUUGAAGUUUUUCUUAUCGAGCUCCUGUUUAUACAUCACAGAACACUACUGAUACGUUCACAACUGUGCGACAUCUGGAUCUUCAUGUUACGUGAUACUUGCUCUUCUAAACAAACUGUUGCUUUGCUAAACUGUCAAUGCAAAUGUUUCUGUGGAAGUAAUUAUACUGAA